AUGGGGAUUCGAACUCACGACUUUGCCACUAGCGGUUUCAAGGUUAACAACAGGCCACCGGAGCGACCGACUGUGACACGUGAACGUUGCGGCCAGCUGGUAAACACCAUCCGCCCGACCUACCGCGUGGGCGAGACACGAAAGGAAUCAAUCUUCGCACGCCAUCCUAUCUCACCAGUGAGCUUGUUGUCGUGCAUGUCAAGCUUCUGCAGCUCGCUGAGAGCUCCGAGCGCCUCGUGAAUGGACCCUGCACGAGACAAAAGCACAAUGAGCCGCAUUGCCUGGUCAACUUGCAAAUGUAACGCAGGACAUCAUGUGUCGCCCACGCCUUGUGUGUACUGNCAGCCUCCUGUGGCCUCUCUUUCCGAUGGAUAGUCGAUGGGUUCCGAGGAAGGGCGAAAGGAAAAUGAAACGACCACCUCUAAGAGGUAGCACGCCCUGGGUUGCAAGCAUGAUGUAUCGUGAAGCGGCUGUGAAGGGCAACGUAUAGCGGUGAUGACACCCCAACACGUGAAACGAGGAGCCACCGAUAGGUUGCCUUCAUGUUUGGGGGCGUGUCACGUGUAGUCCCCACGUCGUUACGGGCCAUCUGACAUGUCGCGUACAUACAUACAACCACGUCGCGCGUCGUGCAGGCGACACCACGAUUCGCAUGCAACAAACCAACUGCAAACCUGAGCCAAGGCUCCGUGACAUGCACCAAUCCAACUGAGNCGACUCGAGGACGCAGAGAGGGUCGCCAAAUAGGGCGUCGUAGUCGGCAGUGCUCCCGCAC